AUGAAGGCGGCCUUCUGGACCUGGAUCGCUUGGACGUUUUGUGCUGUACUGACGACGGUGAGUGGGAAUGUGUCCCAGCCUGACAGCUUGAAGCUGGUGUGGCUCGCGAACAGCUCACUCGCCUGCAACGACGGCACUCCUGCUGGGUACUACAUUCGUCGGGGCAGCAACACUGGUCAUUGGGUAGUGUACCUCGAGGGUGGCGGAUACUGCUGGGAUACGGCUUCAUGCAGUGCAAGAUGGCAUCGAAGACCCGCGCUCAUGUCUUCCUCACGCUGGCCUCGCACUCGCCGCGCCCCAGCACUUCUCUCCGCUGAUCCUGUUGCCAAUCCACUUUGGCAUGAUUCCACACACGUGCUCCUACCAUAUUGCUCCAGUGAUAUGUGGGCUGGCACACGCAUCCGACGCAACGCAUCCUUCGUAUUUGCUGGUCGUCUCAUCGUGAGGACAGUUCUUCUUGACUUACUCCGUCUAGGACUUUCCAGCCGUCUUCUACUAGUCGGUUCGAGCGCAGGCGGCACAGGAGUAAUGCUCCACGCUGAUUCAGCAAGACGUCUAUUACGUCAUCACGGCGUUCGGGUUGCAGUUUUAUCGGAUUCUGGCUGGUUUUUGGACAGACCGGCCCGCGCUCGGCGAGUCCCUGCCGAAACUGUUGCAAAAUUAGGACACGCAUUCUGGCGAGGCGCUCCACCGAGUUCUUGCGUACGAAAGUAUCCUUCGAAGCCAUGGAUGUGCUACUUCGGUUACCAUCUCUACCCGCACAUAAAAACACCGUUGUUUGUAUUCCAAUAUUUGUUCGAUUCAGCGCAAUUGGCAGCCGAAGGAGUGCGCGCCCCGAGGACGCGAGCUCAGUGGAAUGCAGUGCACGAAACAGGUGCAGCACUUCGUGCCAGCUUGAAAGGAGUACGGGCGACAUUUGCCCCAGCUUGUUUAGCACAUGGUGCGCUCGCUCGACCGGAAUGGCUUGCUAUAAAUGUGUCAGGGGUGUCCCUCCCCCGGGCCAUUAGUUGUUGGGAGCGUCGUCUUGGAGGAACUAUGAGACAAGAAAAAGGAGGAUGCGCGCCGCGUAGACUUAUUGAGAGGUGUUCCUGGCCACAAUGUAAUGGCUCAUGUCCUCGAUUACGUGAUCCGAGAACGGGUGAAGAAGUUGCUUUGGCGACUUUAUUACAGAGCUUCGGCCUCGACGUUAACGGUGCGGCCGCUGCUAUGGGACUGGAUGCGCGUGCCCUGUCUAGGAUGAGUCGUGCGGAACUACUGCCUCUGUUAGCUCCACAUACGUGA